AUGUCUGUCGAUAUGAAUUUCAAACUCGAGACUCUUCAAGCCAUAACGGACAACUUUUCUGAGAAGCACAAUGUGGGCAGUGGAGGGUAUGGCACAGUUUACAAGGGGUUGUAUAAAGGCGAAGAGAUUGCUGUGAAGAGGCUCCAUCACGUGGUAGGGCUUGAUGAUAAAGAAUUUAAAAAUGAAUUCGGUAACCUUAGAAAGGUUCAACAUGAGAAUGUGGUAAAGUUAGUUGGCUUCUGUUAUGAAUCAAAAAAUCAUUUUUUUGAACAAGGUGGGAAAGAGUUUUGGGCCCCAUUAACGGAGCGAAUUCUCUGUUUCGAAUUUAUGCAAGGUGGAACCCUCGAUAAACAUAUCGCAGAUGACUCUUGUGAUCUUGAUUGGCCCACAUGUUACAAAAUUAUCAAAGGAACAUGUGAGGGUAUAAAUCACCUUCAUACUGCAUACGAGAAAUCUAUUUUCCAUCUGGACAUAAAACCUGGUAAUAUUUUGCUGGACAGCAAUAACAACGCCAAAGUUGCAGAUCUUGGCUUAUCCAGAUUCGUAUCAACAAAUACUUUUGUAACAAAGACUAUCAAAGGAACACAAUGCUACAUGCCACCAGAGUUUGGAAAGAGUGGACAUAUAUCAAGUAAAUAUGACGUGUUCAGUCUUGGAGUUCUAAUUAUAAACGUAAUGGAUGGAAAUAGGGGUUUGACACGCUAUCGUGAAAUGAGAACUGAACAGUUCGUUAACCAUGUAAAGAGAAACUGGAACGCAAGGUUGAAGGAAAAGCCUGGUCAUCCAUCACACAAAAUAGAAAGCUUACAAGUGAACAAAUGUGUUGUAUUAGCCUUGAAAUGUGUUCAAUAUGACCGUAACAAAAGGCCAUCUACGAACGAUAUUGUUGAUGAACUGGAACAAUUAGACAUUGAAAUUAAGAAACUGUCAUUAGCAUCUGAUGAUUACCAAAUUGGCCAGGCUCUCGACGCCCUAGAAUUAAAUUCCUCGAUCGAGGACUUGUCGUCCCAGCUCCCUUCUCCAGACCAGCUUCUCGUCAGUUCCAUUUCAGGGCCGGGGCAGCUAGAUGUGGUGAUCUUGUAUGCAUUUGACUGCUCCAUCUCGACUACAGCCUGGCGCACUGUGGAUGAUGGAAUCUUUUGGAUGGUGCAAGAGAAGCUCACCCACUACAUUGACAGCUGCAUGGGUUACAUCUACUUCAUGAUGGACGGUAACACGUACACGUCGGAUAUGAAACUGGUGGACCCAGAAGAGAAUAAGGCAACUGGCUACAAAUCAUUCGUGUGGCGCAGGGUGCCCUGCACGGAAAACAUGGCAUCUGGCCUCGAGGAGGCUCAUAAAAUGAUCAGCAACCGUGGGUACCCAAAUGGCGUCAUUUUGCUCUUCUCCGACGGCUUGAUACACAAAGGAGACUUCUUUGAUGGAGCCGAAGAAUUCAAGUCCAAAGUUCCCGUCCACACGUUUACUCUCGGCGGGGUUGAGUAUAACGAGGGUCUUGGUGCUAUUGCGGCGAAUUCCCCAGGUGGAAAGUUCCACAGUAUCCCUGUCCCGGAAAGGCCGAUGCUGUCUACACGAUUCUCGUUGCUACUGGAUAGCAUCUUUGAUCGCACUACAGAAGACGAGGAAUCCCCUAGUCCUAGUUCAGAAACGCAGCCACUUGAUGUGGUGUUGGUGUAUGCGUUUGACUGCACCAAGUCUACCCUUGCCUGGGCCAAGAUGGAUCGCUCGAUCUUUUGGAUGGUGCAAGAGAGGCUCACCCGCUUGGAAGACAGCUGCAUGGGUUACAUCUACCCCAUGUUGACUCCAAACAAUUACACGUCGGAUAUGAAGGUAGUUGACCCCGCAGAAUCGAAGGCAACUGGCUACACGGCAUUUGACUGGCGCAGGUUACCCUGCACGAAAACCAUGGCAUCAGGCCUCGCCGAGGCGCAUAAAAUGCUCAGGAACCGAGGUAAUCAAAACGGCAUCAUCUUGUUCUUCUCCGAUGGGUUGAUAAACAAGGGAGACUUCUUUGAUGGAACGGAGAACUUCAAGUCAGAAGUCCCUGUGCACACGUUUACUCUUGGCGGGGACGCAUAUAAUGAGGGUCUCCAAGCCAUUGCGGAUAAUUCCCGGAGUGGGAUGUUCCACCCCGUUCCUGUUCCAGACAGACCCGAGCUCUCAGUGCGCUUCUCAGAACUACUUGAUAGCCUCCUCUUGGGCACCAAGACGAACUGA